AUGUCAGAUUUAACGCCCAGCGCGCUUUGCACCGCGUGCCAGUCCAUUUUUGGGCCAGAUACGCAGAAAUCAGAGGAAACAGGCGAGAUUCCGCAUCAUGGCUUGGAAGAACUCGCAUCCCGGGCUAGCAACUGCCACCUAUGUUUGACAGUUUUCAUGUCCAUCGACCCAGACGCCUAUAGAAAUUUUCGGAAUAGAGGGCUAGCAGUCGACUCGGCUGGGUUCGCCUGGAUAUCACCCAUUGCCAGGGACCAAGCGAGGCUGAAGUUUCGAUACGUGAAGCCUGUGAAGCCGGAGUCGGAUAAGGAGAACCGGGGACCUACUCCGAGCAGUAGCGGCUCGAAGGCGAGUCUGUCAUUGAAUUGGGAAGAAACGGCGUCGUUGGUUGUGGAGUUGAUUUUGAUGCAUCCGAGAUUUGCCGUUGAACCUGGAGUCCGCACCAUCGACUCCAGAUCUGUGAGUACAGCGUCGAUAGAAAGUCUUGAUCUCGCCAAACAGUGGAUUCAAGACUGUACUUUCAACCACAUGAAAUGUUCCGUGACGUCCGCCGCCGACGCAACGUGGAAACCUACACAUCUGCUGGAUGUUUCGAUCCGGGGUCCCAAGGGCGCUCACGGGGUGAAACUUGUGGAUGGCAUGUUCGUGGAUCCCUUGAGCGAGUAUGUCACGCUCAGUCACUGUUGGGGCAAAUCGAAGACCAUUCGUCUGCAUAAAGGGACGCUCGCCGCGUUAAGGCAGGGUGUCAGCGUGGCGAACCUACCCAAAACAUUUGCAGAAGCCGCUCUUGUGACGGACCGCCUAGGUUUCCGAUACCUUUGGAUCGAUGCGCUGUGUAUCCGGCAUGAUAGCGAAACAGACGUGUUGGCCGAGGUGGGACAGAUGCACCGGGUCUAUUCUGAAGCGGCACUCAACAUAGCCGCUACAUCCUCGAGGGACGAUGCGAGCGGCUUGAUCUACAGUCGAAAUGUUUCGGCAUUACAGCCCUGCAUUGUGUCCGUCCCCUUCGGCUUGGGCAUCGAUGAAGGCAUGUACAAGAUACUUCGCUCGACAUUAUGGCACGAUCUGGUUGACUCGUCGCCUCUCGACAAGCGAGCCUGGGCUUUCCAAGAACGCUGCCUUGCGAAACGUACAUUGCACUUUACUCGCAACGAACUCUUCUGGGAGUGUCAACAGAUGUGUUGUUCAGAGGUGUUUCCGAAGGGCCUUCCCGCCACGAUGGGCCCGCCUUCAUCUCGGGAGAGUGUGGAAUUCUUCAGCAAGAGGAUCCAUCACCAGAGGCAUGGGAACUGGCAUCAGCUGGUGAAGAUGUAUUCCCCCAAGAAAUUGACGUACUCGAGUGACAAACUCUUGGCCAUCCAGGGGCUUGCGAAGCAGUACAUGGCGAAGAACAGGUUACAUGCCGACGAUUACCUGGUUGGCCUAUGGAAGCCACAACUACCGCACGCGCUACUCUGGCGAGUAGAGGGCGGAAGGCGGCCGACAAAAUACAGAGCCCCAACAUGGACCUGGGCGUCUAUCGACGGCGAAGUCAAAUACCCCGAACCGGCAUCCUCAGCCCGAGAGACCUGCAUUGAGAUCAUUGAGCUUGACAUGGGAUACAACCCAUCGGGGGACAAUUUCGGCUUCGUGACAGGCGGCAGAAUGAAAGUCAGAGGGUUCAUGGCAAGGGGUUUGUUGAAACGAACGCGCGACUACUGGGGUUCUACGCCCUGCGUGAUCCAAUGUACCAAAGCCCAGGUUGAACUUGAGAAGGCAGCGUUCGACGACCGCUUGCCGAAACUCUCCGACGCUGGCAGCGGGAUGCUCUGUGAGAUGCUCGAGAUCUAUCUCUUACCAGUCAUCGACGUUGUGGAUAGGGUCGAGGGUUUGCUCCUCUGCGCCACGUUGAAGAAGGGCGAAUUCCGGAGGAUUGGAGCCUUUGACGUCAGUCGAUAUGACCAGGCGAAUUGGGACCGGUUCCGCAGUGUCAUGAAAGGCGAGGCGGAGAUGAACAACUACGUCGAGAGGCUCGAUCACAUGAACGGGUAUUGGUUUGCAAGUGACUAUACUUAUACGAUUAAUAUCAUCUGA